CAGUGGACGUGUUCGACGGAUAUUCCAAAAAUCAAAGGCAUUCCCGAAAUUCCAGGAUCGCUGCCCAUCUUCGGUCAUCUGCUUCAACUCGGCGAGGAUCACGCUUCAACGUGCGAGAAAUGGUGGCGGCAGUAUGAUCUCCCGGUUUUUCAGAUCAAAUUGGGCAAUACCAGGGCCGUGGUCUUCAACUCCUUCGAAGCAUGCCGCGACAUUCUGGUGAAGCACCAAAACGCCGUCAUUGAUCGACCCAAGCUGUAUACCUUCCACGGCGUCAUAAGCAGCACCCAAGGCUUCACCAUUGGCAGCUCCCCUUGGGAUGACAGCUGCAAGAAUAAGCGCAAGGCUGCUGGAACUGCAUUGUCUCGUCCGGCCAUGCGUGGGUACUAUCCCAUGUUUGACCUCGAGAGCUACUGCAUCCUGCGCGACUUGCACCGCGAUAGUAAGGCCUCGAAUCCCAACGUAGAGGUUGAUGUGCGGCCCUAUAUCCAGCGAUACGCGCUCAACACGACACUAACGCUCUGCUAUGGCAUCCGCAUGGACGACACGUACGACGAGCUCCUGCGCGAGAUCUUGUACGUCGGUAGUGCCAUCUCACUCUUACGCAGCGCGUCCACGAAUCUUCAAGACUACAUUCCCCUCUUGCGAUACUUGCCCAACAAUAAGAAAAACGCUGAAUCCAAAGAGCUGCGCGAUCGCCGCGACGUCUACCUGAACCUGUUGCUCGACAAGGUGCGCGAGAUGAUUAAGAAUGGCACCGAUAAGCCAUGUAUCAGCAGUGCCAUCCUCAAAGACGAAGAGACCAAACUCACGGGCGUCGAAGUCUCUUCUAUCUGCCUCUCUCUCGUCAGUGGCGGUUUUGAAACCAUCCCGGGCACGCUCACGUCGUGCCUGGGCUCGCUCAGCACGCCUGCCGGCCAGAUGUUCCAAGAGCGUGCCUACGCCGACAUCAAACGCCACUACCCAGACAUCCGCGACGCCUGGACACACAGCUACCAGGAAGAAAAAGUGCCCUACCUGCGCGCCAUCAUCCAAGAAGCCGGCCGAUACUACACUGUCAGUUCCAUGAGCCUACCGCGCAAGACCGUGACCGAAGUAAACUGGAACGGUGCCAUCAUCCCCCCCAAAACCAUGAUCCUCGUCAACGCCCAAGCCGGCAACCACGACACCACGCACUUCGGCCCCUCGGCCGCCACCUUCAAUCCUGAACGCUGGCUCGCCCCCAUCGAUCCCUCGCAUCCCCUCGGCCCCUUCACCGAACUGCCCCAGACCUCACAAACGCACCUCUCUUUCGGCGCCGGCUCCCGCGCCUGCAGCGGCCAACACAUUGCCACCCGUCUCCUCUACACAGCCCUCCUGCGCAUCCUAUCCUCUUACAAAAUCGUCGCCUCGGAAACGCACCCGCCCAACACCGAUUACGUCGAUUACAACCAGUUCAAGACCGCCCUGGUGGCCAUUCCCCGUGAUUUCCGCGUGCGCUUGAUUCCACGCGAUAGGAACGUGCUCGAGGACUGUUUGCGCGCAGCGCAGGAGAGGACGAGAGAGCAUUAUAAGGAGGACAUUAAGGGGUUUGCUGCAGAUCAAGCGUAG